AUGACUGUAGAAGACAGCAGCAGCAGCAGCAGCAGCAGCAACAGCAGCAGCACCACCAUGAACGGCAUCACAAUGCCCAACAGCAGCGACAGCAGCAGCAGCAGCAGUAGCACCCCAACAAACACCAUAAACAGCAGCAGCAGCGACAACAACAACAACAACAACAACAACAACAACAACAACAACAACAACAACAACAGCAGCAGCAGCGACAGCAACAGCAGCAGCAGCAGCAGCAGCAGUGAAUAUUUUAUAUCUUAUGGUGAUCCAAGUGUGCAUGCAUUAAUGUUAUUAGAUUAUGUUCGUGUCUUUGGUUAUGCUGCUGCUGUGUCUUCCUUAUAUUUAUUAUUUAGAGGAAAAAUAAUAUUAGAUGUAGGUGCAGGUAGUGGUGUCUUAUCCUUAUUUGCUGCUGCAGCAGGAGCAGCAAAAGUAUUAGCUGUAGAGGGGAGUCCUGCUGCUGCUGCUAUGCUGCAGCAGCAGGUGCAGCACAACGAGCAGCAAGGAAAAAUACCUACAGGAGUUAUACAAGUAUAUGCAUGCACAGUAGAGGACCUGCAUAACUACCCCGAAUUCAGCACCAGCAGCAGCAGCAGCAGCAGCAGCAGCAGCAGCAGCAGCAGCAGCAGCAGCAGCAGCAAAUAUAUAAAAAAUGUAGAUAUAAUUAUAUCUGAAUUUAUGGGCUUUUAUUUAAUUCAUGAAGGAAUGAUUAAUUCUUUGCUGCAUGCAAGAGAUAAUUAUCUAAGGGAGGGAACGGGGCUGCUGCUGCCUUGUGCUGCUCGUUUGCUGCUGUCCCUUUGCUCCUGCAGCAGCAAAGAUAUAGAUAAUACACGGUGUCUAGGCAGCUAUUGUGGCUUCUCUUUCUUACCACUGCAGCAGCAACUGCAGCAGCAACUGCAGCAACAACUGCAGCAACAACAUAUACUUACAGGUACACCUCUUGUAAGACAGCUGCCUCCUGCUGCUUGCUGCUGCUCUGCUGCUGCUGCUGCUGUUGAAUUAGAUCUAUAUACAAUUACGCAGCAGCAACUGCAGCAAAUCAUUAGGGAAGUUAAGCUCAACGUACACCGCAGCGCAACAGUGCAUGCAUUCGCCUUAUGGUUCGAUGUUACCUUCCCUGGCUACCACAGACCUGCUGCUGCUGCUGCUGCUGCUGCUGCAGCAGCAGAUGGUGCAGAUGAUGUUGCCUUAUUUAAGGGUCCACCGCCUCCCCCACCUUCUCCCGUUGCAGCAGCAAGAUUUGCUGCUGCAGUUGCUGCUGCAGAAGCUGCUGCUGCUGCUGCUCCGCCGGUAAACAGAAGCGAAGGCUUCGUAACUAUUGAGGAAGCAACAGCAGCAGCAGCAGCAGAAGCAGUAGCAGCAGCAGCAGCAGCAGGUGUACCGCCACCACCCCUAGUAGCCCCUGGCAGCAAAGAAGCAGUAACAUUAGAUACAAGCCCUUUUGCUGCUCCUACGCACUGGCAGCAGCAGCUGCUGCUGCUGCAGCAGCCACUAUAUGCAGCAGAAGGCAUGCAGCUUACGCUGCAGCUGCAGCUGCAGCAGCAAAGGAACAACCCUCGCUUCUACGAGGUGUCUGUACAGGUCGUAGAUGCAGUCAUGCCGCAGGAAGAGCAGCAGCAGCAGCAGCAGCAGGAGCAGCAGCAAAAUCAGUAG